AUUUGCAUGUGCAUGCACCCUUCCUCUACGCGGGAGCUCACGUCUAUUCAAAAGUGAACCCUGCCCCCCACCCCGCAUACAGCACACUGUACCGCCGACCUCCCUACAGCUAUACCGACACCACGCAUACACACCUACCCAAGCACUCGCACACGCACUAAGCACUUCCAUACACACGAAAGUACCCACAUAAAUACCCAAAUAUAUCCGUUCACCAGAAUCCGAAUUCGGGUGUGCCGGUCUCCGAGCUUAGUUUGGUAUCCAUGACCGACCCAACUGCAUCACCCCUAAUCCUGACUCCCAUGGAGGUCGUCUCCACUCCCUCACCAAAAGACGGCACUUUCCUGGAGGCACGAAUCGCUACGCUACAGCUAGAAACCCUCACCCCUCCACCAGAGCCAUCACCACAGCUAUCGCCGCAGCCAUCGCCGCAGCCGUCACCACGGCCGUCACCACGACCGAGUGUGACUGCGACACAAUCGACGCCGUCAAUACCGCAGCUCACCUUGGGCGACUGUGAGAUACCUACACUCCGGCAUAAGUCGUCCCAAACAUGGCACCACAGCGGACCUCAAACACGGACAUCACCACGGAUAUCCCCCAUACCUUCCCCGCGGGGAUUGAGGGCUCGCCAGAAUUCCUCACCAGUCCACCCAAUAUCACUUCCUCCCGCCAGCAGCACCACUACCAGCGACUCCCUGGUGACCGCGGCCGGCGGUUUGGUACGGAGGGUAUCACAGAAGGCCGCCAAUAAGCUGAGGCGGCGGACAUCCUCCGCUGCGAACGAUCACGAAGAACGGACCGGCCCGGUCCUCGUACGGAAUCGCGGCGAAAGCCAGAGCGGAGAUAUCGGACGGCUGGGAAUACAGCACCACGAUCUGGACGACGAUGAAACAGCGGUUACCGACCAGGUGGACGGGCCCAACAGCUUGCUGGCUCCAGCCGCAGACGCUGCUAUCGCCGUUUCCGGGGAUCCACCAAACGGUGGAAUCCUCGUGCCCGAAGAACUGCAGAGGGGAACGCCAAUGACCAGGAUCACACGGAAAAAGAAGACGACGAGAACUUUCAAAUUGGAUGUCAACAAGGCCCGGGUCUCGUGGGAUCCAACAAAACAAUCUUCGCGGUUCUACGUGGAUGACAUGAAGGAAAUACGCACAGGCGCCAAUGCUCGGAAUUACCGCGAAGAACUGCAGAUCUCGUCGGAUCACGAGGACCGCUGGAUCACGAUCACGUACGUCGACAAUAAGGAGGGCGGCAAGUUGAAGCUCUUGCAUGUGGUCGCUCCCACCGUGGAACUGUUCAACACCUGGACCACCACACUCGAGGCGAUCAACAGAUUCCGCACGGAAAUGAUGGCGGGCUUGGCUAUGCAAGGGGAGAAGUUUGUCGACGCCCACUGGAGGAAUUACAUGGCCACCAAGCGGGCUUCCGACUCGCAGACGGCAGACAAAUUGACCUUUGAAGAUGUCGAGCGCCUCUGUCGUGAUAUCCACGUCAAUUGUUCCAGAAGGCUCCUGAAGGAAAAAUUCAAGCGCGCGGAUCGUGACAAUUCGGGGCACCUCAACUUCCACGAAUUUGAACGGUUCGUGAAGCUCCUGAAAGAGAGGGAAGAGAUCAAGGGUAUCUGGGAAGGUAUUGUUGCGAACCCCCUCGGAGGGAUGGUCAGGCACGAGUUCCAGACGUUCUUGAGGGACGUUCAGAAGGUCGAUGUUGCUGCCGAUAGCGCGCAGGUGGAUAAGGUGUUCCGAAAGUUUUGUCGGCAGUCUUUCAAGGCGGAGCAGGCCGAUGGACAAGUUCAGUCGCAAGGCGAGGAUAUCGAGAAUAUGCGGAUGGAUCAGGAGGCGUUUACCUCGUUCCUUCUUUCGUCCUCGUAUAACCCCCCACUCCUGGCCUCGUCCCCGAACAACAUGCUGGAUCGUCCGUUGAACGAGUACUAUUGCUCGAGCUCCCAUAACACAUACCUUAUGGGACGACAAGUUCGCGGCGAAUCAUCGGUCGAGGGCUACAUCCGUGUUUUGCAACGGGGAUGCCGCUGUGUUGAGAUUGACUGCUGGGAUGGUGACGAUGGUCGGCCCGUGGUCACUCACGGACACACCGGAACGAGCGAAUGCUUGUUCUCGGACGUCAUUGCGGCGAUCGGAAAAUACGCGUUCCUCGCUUCGCCAUAUCCGGUGAUCCUUUCGCUGGAAGUCCACUGCGGCUUGGAGCAGCAAGUCAAGAUGGCCGAGCACCUCGUCAACAUCCUCGGCGAGAAGCUGGUGACCGAUCCCUUCAUGACUAACAGCAUGACCCUCCCCAGUCCGCAGGAGCUGAAGCAUCGCAUCUUGGUCAAGGUCAAGGGCAGCGAGCGGAAGGAGUCGGCGCUGCUCAAGAACGAUUUCGACGCCAUGGAAAGACGUACCGGGAGUGGUAGCAUCGCCAGCAGCACGUCUCCCCCCAAGCGCUAUAGCUUCCUGAGGAAUAAUUCUGGGAACAGCACUUCGACCAGCAAUACCAGUGAGUCCGACGACGGCGGCAGUGGAUCGGGAGAAGGCAAGAAGAAAGAGCCGAAGCCUACGAUGAAGAUUGCCCAUGAGCUUGGGAAAUUGGGUGUCUAUUGUCGCGGACAGAAGUUCCGCAACUUCGCACUUCCAGAGAGCAAAACGUUCAACCACAUCUUUUCGUUCCAGGAAAAGUCGCUGCUGAAAUUCUGCAAAGACCCGGAGAAGAAAGCGCAAUUGGAGAAGCACAAUGUCCGCUACCUCAUGCGAGUGUAUCCGUCCGGCUUCCGCGUGAACUCUUCGAAUUUCGAUCCGUUGGGUUUCUGGAGAAGGGGUGUGCAGAUGGUCGCGCUCAACUGGCAGACAUACGACCUCGGCGUGCAAUUGAACGAAGCCAUGUUUGCGUCCGCCGACGACAAAGGCGGAUAUGUGCUCAAGCCCAAAGUCCUUCGCGGUUCUCGGACAACUUUCGAUCCUCCUGCGGAUGCGGCGGAUGCCAAGCUGAAGAAGGACAAGAAGCAAGUCUCGUUCUCGAUCAAGGUCAUCUCUGCGCAGCAGCUUUCGCGCUCGGGCCACAAGGCCGACGACACCAUCGACCCGUACGUCGAGGUCGAGGUGUUCACUGCCGACGACAAGACCAAGGGCACAUCCACCAGCGAGGGCGGGAUUGAGGUUGGCGACUCGAAGGGAAUCAGCGGGCUGGGCGCGCCGCAGAAGAGGCGCACCAAGGUCGUGUAUGACGAUGGUUUCCACCCUAUCUUUCAGGAGAAGAUGAAAUUCAGUCUGGUUACCAAGUUUGAGGAUCUCGUGUUCGUCCGCUUUUCCGUCUACAACUCGGAGGGUGGCGAUGACAAGAGUCUCAUUGCCACGUACACGGCCAAGCUGAUCUCCCUGCAGCAAGGCUACCGUCACCUCCCCCUCUACAACAUCCAGGGCGAACAGUACCUCUUUUCGCGGCUCUUUGUCAAGAUCAACGUCGAUCCGGUCGUGCUGAUGGACACGGUGGUGUCCCAGCGCUCUUCCGCCAUCGAGAGCAUCAAGGACACGAUAAAAUCCGGCCUCGGCUCCGUCGGCUUCUCGGCUGAUCGCCACUCCAUCCGGAGGAAGAAGAGUGUCAAGAAUACCGACAAGGACAAGGACGGGAAGGCGACAUCGAAACAUAGCAGAGCUGCCAGUCACCACGGAAAGGAAAGACUUCAGCCUGCGUUGCAUUGACUAGAUUGGACUGUACAUAAGUAACAUGGGGAUGGGGAUGGGGAUGG